GCUGUUGAAAAGGCAAAACCUAAGAAUAAUCCUGUGAACCCACUCUUGGCACCGCCCCAACCCCCACCUGCAGCGCCCACCAGUGGGGGAUCCGGCAGCUCCAGUGACUCAGAGAGCAGCUCAGAGUCUGACUCAGACACUGAAAGCAGCACCACUGACAGCGAAGCCAAUGAGGCGCCACGAGUGACCACUCCAGAGCCUGAGCCGCCCUCCACCAACAAGUGGCAGUUGGACAAAUGGCUUAACAAAGUGACUUCUCAAAACAAAUCUUUUAUUUGUGGACAAAAUGAAACACCCAUGGAGACGAUUUCUGUGCCUCCUCCAGUCAUUCAGCCAAUGGAAGUCCAGGUCAAGGUGAAGGCAAACCCCAGCCAGGUCCUGCCUGAACCCAAAGAGAGGCCUCUCCUUGGUCUCAUCAGGGAGAAAGCCCGUCCACGACCCACCCUGAAAACUCCAGAAACAAAGGCUCUGAAGCAUAAGUUGUCCACAACUCUUGAGACAGCCUCUCAAAGGACAAUUGGGAAAAAACAGCCCAAAAGGGUCGAGAAGAACACCAGCGUUGAGGAAUUUACCUGGCCCAAACCAAAUAUCACCAGCAGCACUCCCAAAGAAAAGGAAAGUGGGGAGCUUCCUGACCUCCCGAGAGGGCGCAACAAAGCCGUUGCCCACAAGCCAAUUCCCAGGAAAGAACCAAGGGCCAGCAUCCCCUUGGCUCCCGAGAAGAAGAAGUACCGAGGGCCUGGCAAGAUGGUUCCAAAGUCCCGGGAAUUCAUUGAGACUGAUUCAUCUACGUCUGAUUCCAACACGGAUCAGGAAGAGCCCCUGCAGAUCAAAGUCCUGCCUCCAUGCAUGGCUCCAGGGGGCAACACGACCAAAUCCAAGGAAGCCGGAGGGGCCAGCCUGACCCUCAGCAGCUUUCUCAGCAGUGGCAAUGGCAACAACCCACCAGUCCCGAGUGAGGAGCCUACUCAGUCACCGGUCCCUGUCACACAAACCGAGGUUCUAUCUCCUGUCCAAGAUCAAGAGAAUCUGAAAAAUCUCUGGGUGAAGAUUGACCUUGACCUACUGUCUCGAGUGCCUGGCCAGAACUCACUCCAGGCAGCACCAGCCAAGCUAGACCACAAGGAGACAGCCUCAAAGCCCAAGCGGCAGACGGCUGCGGUGCCUGCAGAGAAAGCCGCCCCCAAGGGCAAGCGUAAGCACAAGCCGGCAGAAGUUGCAGGGAAAAUCCCUGAGAAGAAGCAGCGCCUGGAGGAGGCAGCCACCAUCUGCCUGCUGCCACCUUGCAUCUCACCAGCUCCCCCUCAGAAGCCUCCCAGCACUAAAGAAAAUAAUUCAUCCAGGAGAGCAAAUAGAAGAAAAGAAGAAAAGCUGUUUCCUCCUCCACUUUCCCCACUGCCAGAGGACCCUCCGCGUCGCAGGAACAUCAGCGGCAAUAAUGGACCCUUCAGUCGAGACAAAACCAUCCCUAUGAUUGGACAGAUUACCUCGACCAAACCUAAGAGGAAUGAAGGCAAAUUCUGCGCUACUUUCAAAGGGAUAUCUGUAAAUGAGGGAGACACUCCAAAAAAGGCAGCCCCUGGCACUGUCAGCAACACUUCUAUCGCCUCUGCCACUGCUACUGCCAUUGUCACCAGCACUGCCACAGCCACUGCCACGGCCACUACCACAACCACUACCACAACCAUUUCCACCAUCACCUCUGCCAUCACUACUGGCCUCAUGGACAGCAGUCACCUGGAGAUGACAUCGUGGGCGGCCUUGCCCCUUCUGUCCACCAGCACCACCAAUGUCCGGAGACCCAAGCUCACUUUUGAUGACUCGGUUCACAAUGCUGAUUAUUACAUGCAAGAGGCUAAGAAGCUGAAGCACAAAGCUGAUGCACUGUUUGAGAAAUUUGGCAAAGCCGUGAAUUACGCGGAUGCAGCCCUUUCCUUCACUGAAUGUGGCAACGCGAUGGAGAGAGACCCUCUGGAAGCCAAGUCUCCAUACACCAUGUACUCCGAAACUGUGGAACUCCUCAGGUAUGCCAUGAGGCUGAAGAAUUUUGCAAGCCCCCUAGCUUCAGAUGGGGACAAAAAGCUGGCUGUACUAUGCUACCGAUGCCUGUCACUUCUCUACCUAAGGAUGUUCAAACUGAAGAAGGACCACGCCAUGAAGUACUCCAGAUCACUGAUGGAAUAUUUUAAGCAAAAUGCUUCAAAAGUCGCUCAGAUACCAUCUCCAUGGGUAGGCAAUGGAAAGAAUACUCCGUCCCCAGUGUCUCUCAACAACGUCUCUCCCAUCAAUGCAAUGGGGAACUGUAACAACGGCCCAGUCACCAUCCCACAGCGCAUUCACCACAUGGCCGCCAGCCACGUCAACAUCACAAGCAACGUGUUACGGGGCUAUGAACACUGGGACAUGGCUGACAAACUGACAAGAGAGAACAAAGAAUUCUUUGGCGAUCUGGACACGUUGAUGGGGCCCCUGACGCAGCACAGCAGCAUGACCAACCUUGUCCGCUACGUUCGCCAGGGACUGUGCUGGCUGCGCAUCGACGCCCACUUGUUGUAGUGGCUGCGCCCCCAUCUCCAGCCUUGCCACCCACCACGCUACCUCUACCAGAGCGCCGAUGGGCACUGGUGGAACUCCACUCAUUUGGGAAAGUUCUCUUUGAUUAUGUUUGUUUUGAUGCUUCUUUUGAUAUCUGUGAAAAACAGAAGUCAUUGUAAGUGGACACUA